GAUAGGGCUGAGAGAGACUCCAACCUGCAACCUUGGAGAAGCCGCUGCCAGUUUAGGGAUGGAUGUUGCCAAAGCCCCCAAGGCCUUCGUCUCGACCGGACGCCGGGUCCUCACCAUUGGCUUUGCCGUGCUCAUACUGUCGGUCCUGGCUUGGGCCUACAUCACAGGGGUGCAGUUGGCCGCUGACCGGUAUCACAUCAUGGCUUUCGGCCUCUAUGGAGCCUUCCUCACUGGCCAUCUCGUCAUCCAGAGUUUCUUUGCCUUCCUGGAGCACAAGAGGAUGAGGAGGGACUCGUUGACUUGCAGCUACACCAAGACGGUGGCCCUCACCAUCUCCGCAUACCAGGAGGACCCGGCCUACUUGCGGGAGUGCCUUCAGUCGGUCAAGGCGACCUUGUAUCCCCUGGAGAAGCUCCGGAUUAUCAUGGUGAUCGAUGGCAACAGCCCCGAGGACCGCUACAUGAUGGAGAUGUUCCAGGAGGUCUUUGCUGGGGAGGACGUGGGCACCUUUGUCUGGGAGAACAACUACCACCACCAGCCUCAGUUUGACGUGGACGAGGGGGAUAGCGGCUAUCAGGCUGGGGACGAGCCGUUUGGCUACAGUGAAAUCGACAUGGAGGACCCCGGACAGUUGGCCGUGGAAGAGCUGAUACGAACUAAGAGAUGCGUCUGCAUCAUGCAGAAAUGGGGUGGGAAGCGAGAAGUCAUGUAUACAGCUUUCAAGGCCCUGGGGAACUCGGUGGAUUACGUCCAGGUUUGUGACUCGGACACCAAGCUGGAGCCACAGGCGACGGUGGAGCUGGUGAAAGUGCUGGAGUCGAACGAGCGUUACGGGGCUGUCGGGGGGGACGUGAGGAUCCUGAACCUUUCCGACUCCUACAUCAGCUUCAUGAGCAGCCUCCGCUACUGGAUGGCCUUCAACAUCGAACGGGCUUGCCAGUCCUACUUCGACUGCGUCUCCUGCAUCAGCGGCCCCCUGGGCUUGUAUCGGAAUGACCUCCUGCAGCAGUUCCUGGAGUCCUGGUAUAAUCAGAAGUUUCUGGGCACCCACUGUACUUUUGGGGACGACCGGCACCUCACCAAUCGGAUGCUGAGCAUUGGCUAUGCCACCAAGUACACAGCCCGCUCGCGCUGCUACUCGGAGACCCCCUCCUUGUUCCUGCGAUGGCUGGCCCAGCAAACCCGUUGGACCAAAUCCUACUUCCGCGAGUGGCUCUACAACGCCCUCUGGUGGCACCGCCACCACCUGUGGAUGACCUACGAGUCGGUGGUCUCCGGCAUCUUCCCCUUCUUCGUCACGGCCACCGUCCUGCGGCUCUUCUACGGGGGGAAUCUGUGGGACGUGCUGUGGGUGCUGCUUUGUGUCCAGCUGGUGGCCUGUGUGAAGGCCCUGUAUGCCUGCUGGCUGCGGGGGAACCCCAUCAUGAUCUUCAUGUCCCUCUACGCCGUCCUCUACAUGGGCGGCCUGCUGCCAGCCAAGUAUUUUGCCAUCAUAACCAUGAACAAGAGCAGCUGGGGGACGUCGGGCCGGAAGAAGAUGGUGGGGAACUACAUGCCCCUGUUACCUGUCUCCGUCUGGGGCCUGCUUCUCUUGGGAGGCCUGAUCUAUACCAUCUGCCAAGAGGCCCAAGCUGACUGGAUGGCUGAUAACAAACAAAUGGAGAUCUGGUAUCUACUCACUGGCUCAGCCAUCUAUGUGGGCUACUGGACGUCCAUGAUCGUGCUUUAUUGGGUGUGGGUCCGGAGGUGCUGCCGGAAAAGAGUCGAUUUCUACAGCGUCCAGGUGUGAGCUGAGGUGGGGAAUCCUGAGACCUGGACCCAACCGGAUGUCGGCAGUCGGACCAGUGAGGGCUGGGGAUCGGGACCCAGGAGUCUGAGGAGCAGAGAGCAGCCUUGGAGGGCUUGCUCGUGAAAGAGAACUGAGAGUUCCUACUCGAGAGUGUGUCGUAUCGCACAAAGUGGUCCAUCGACAGAGUGGAAGUUGAGACUCUGACCCAGGGUAGAGCUGGAUGGUAGCACAAAAGCCCCGAGGUGUCUCAUUCUCAGGGAGGAUCCUUGUGUUGUCCAAUAAGACCCACUGCUAGCUUUCCGGAAACCAACUCCGGGUUUGAGAUGAGCCCUCCAGAAGGGGCUAUUUGGUAGCCCUCCCCAUUCGGGUCUGCUGCCUUUUCUUUCCCUCUCCUGCUGGUAACUUUCCAGCCCUGGGGUACCAUUUCUGACCUCAGCUUAUUUAUUAGCAUUGGGUUUUCUCCAAACACCAGCACGUCUGCCUUCUCAUCUUGAAAUGCAGCCACCUCUGGGGUGGGGCAGCUGGGACACAGCCACGGAGGGCCGUGCUGCCCAAGAACUGAUCUCAUUGCACUGAAAUGCUCCUGCAGCUCCAAGUCAAGAGAGGGAGCUGCUGAACACAGCUGGACCCAGUGGCUUUUUCUUGUGGUUGCUGUACUAUUCAAGUUUUAGAGCCAGCUACAUCUCACGGGUGGGGGUGAGGAAGACCCUCGCUGUUCUAGAAUUGGAGAUCAGACCUCGGCACCUACAAAACUUGCACAUGUUUAACGAUUUUUUAUUUUUUGGCUGAACAAAGUAGUUGUAUCUUGUAUGUUGGAUACUUGAAAAUUUGUAUAAAUUGGUAAGCCGGUGAUGCAAUACGCAUAUUUAAAAGAACUCCCAAGUAUUUCUUUAAGACCUUC